CCUCUCCCUCCUGGUUCUCUCCCCGACAGGCAGGUGUCCUGGUCCUGGGUUCUGGCUGGAGAUUUCCUGAAGCCCGUCUUCCCUGAUGCCACUGAAUGCAGUCUCCUGACCUUUUUCCCUAGAGCUCUCUCCUUCCUCCACAAGACGGCCUGGGAGCCCCCAGCCCAGGGAGGCUUUGGCAUUUCCUGCUUCCUGAACAGCUGGAACGGCUGGCCUCUUGGGAGGAGGGCAGAGCAGGGGACCAGGGCGCCCUGGGGUGGCUGGCUCAGGGCCUGACCUUGAUCACACAAGGAAAGACAACCUGAAUGGUGUGUCAUCAAGAGCGAUGGAAGGAGGUCAGCCAAGCCCCGGACCUGCCCAGGUUCCCUCAGGGGGCAUGGUCUCCUCACCGGUGAGGGCCGUCAUUCGCUUGCGCCGGAAAUUCCGGAUCUUGCGCAAGAGCCGCAUGCGAUCCAACCUCCCUGGGGAGUCGUCCCUGGCUCUGACCCCGUCCCCAUCGCGGCUGCUUCAGAGACAGAUCUCCCUGGACCGGGCCAAGCUGAACAGCACCCCCGUGUCCCACUUCCCCCACCGCAUGAACUUUGAGAAGCCCCAGUAUUUCACCUUUGAGGCCCCCGUGGAAUCGUCUUUCAGGAGGAAGAAGAAGCGCCGUAAAUCCCGAGUUGUGUUGUACCCAGAGAGCUCUCGGAAGUACCUCCCGACGGAGCAGAAGAGCAAGGCCAAACGCUGCCUGCUUCUGCUGGUGGCCAUUGUCUUCAUUCAAAUCCUCAACGCCAUCGAGAACCUUGAUGACAAUCUGCAGAAGUAUGACCUCGAUGGGCUGGAGAAAGCCCUGCAGCGGGGCGUGUUUGGCCAGAAGGCCGCCAUGGACAGCAUUAUGGAACUAUUGCGGGAUUAUUUGGCCACGCACAUCCACAGCCAGCCUCUGGUCAUCUCGUUCAACGGCCCAAGUGGAGUGGGUAAGAGCCACGUGGGCCGGCUGUUGGCAAAACACUUCCGCUCGGUGAUGGAGGGGGAUUUUGUGUUGCAGUACUAUGUGAUGCAUCACUGUCCGGACCAUCAGGAGGGCCUAGCCUGCCAGCAGGAUCUGUCUGAGAGGAUCACCGACAUGGUGACCCGGGCAGAGGUAGAAGAAAAGAUUCCUGUGUUCAUCCUGGACGAGGUAGAGUUCAUGUCUCCAGGCCUGCUAGACACUCUGCAUGGCUUCCUGCAGCCUCAGCAGUCCAAUGAGUUCCUCAAUGCCAUCUAUGUGCUCAUCAGCAGUAUUGGCGGCAGCGAGGUCACACGCUUUGUUCUGCAAAACAUCUCCAGCAAGCUGACCCCACAGCGCUGCAGGGAGGAGCUCAGCCAGUCUGUCCACGCCCUCCUGGCAAGCACCCACCCGCUCUGGGAGACUGCUGAGGUGGUCCCUUUUGUCUUGCUAGAGAAGUUGGACAUCAUGAACUGCUUCCUGGAUGAGAUGGUGGGGGAAGGCUUCUACCCGGACCAGAGCCACAUCGAGAGCCUGGCAGGUCAGCUCAGUUACUACACCACCAAGGGAGGGGAGUUUGCUGUCACAGGCUGCAAGCAAGUGGUGGCCAAGGUCAACUUAUUAUAGUGGACACCUCACUCUUCCUGCACCUGUCCUUGCCUGUCCUCUUCACUAUUCUGUGGAAUUCAAACAUACCGUCGUAGGGGAUGGCACCAGAGGGCUCAGUGGAUUGCCCCUGUCCUCCUCCAGGCUCUCACGUUUCCUGCCUUGCCUGGCUUGGACAGUGUUCCCAGGCUUAUCCUCAGGAAUACUGCCUCUCGGCAGUUGGGGGAGCCCAAAGUGCUGCUCGUAGGAGGAAGGUCAAGGCCUCUAUUUAUACAUAGGACUUUAUAGCUGCUUCCUCAAAUACUGUCCCCUAGGAUGGGGCAGCAGGCAUCUAGAUUGCUGGUUUCUCUGCAAAGUCAAGACACGUGAAGGAGUUUCAGGAGCUGAGGGAAGGGCUGGUGCUGAAGGCUGCAGUUCAGACUAGGGGAACUCUUCCCUAUGCCCCUCCCCCCACAACCUCCCCACUUCCUAAGACUGAUGUUCAACACCUGCUUGAUCACAGUGCCAGAGGUUCCGCCCCAUAGAACACCAAGCCAGAUAUGGGCAAUGGAAGGAGAGAUGCUUCAUGAAAGCUGAGACCCUGGGGAGGGGGGUGAUUGUCAAGACUGUGCCAUGGCCUUCAAGAUUCCUAAUAAAUGUCUGCCUGGUCAUCUG